AUGGCGGCUAGGUUAUCGUUUCGAAGAGGGAUUUUCGCAUCGGCACUGUUGCUGAGCGUGAUUCUUCAUGGUGCCCAGACAUUCUGCAACCACAACAUAGUCCAGCACAGAGUCUCUAGAACCGCUCGAGCCAACAGCCUGGACUCGGAAUCUGGGCUGUACAAAGCUGCGACCAACAUCAAGGUUCGCAUGGCUCCAGACGUGAAUGCGCCGACUUUGGCUGGAGCCGAAAGCCAGAAGCUGAAAUCCGGCGAGUGGAUCUCGAUGAUCAAAGCCGGCGACGUGUUUCAAUGCUCGCAGAUGAAGACCAGAGACGGCCAGGUGUAUUUGAAGCUCGCCGAUCAAGAUGGCUGGGUCUUUGGGAAAGGUGUCUCCGGUGAGUGGACCGGCCGGGACAUUGUUGUUCCCGUACCAGACUCGGAAGCACUGGAAGCCAAGGCGAGGAUUGUCAAAGACACCAUGGAGCGUCAGCUGAUUCGCGACCCCUCCGACAAGUUCGCCUUGUACUUAGUGGGCGGCGCGCUGUUCCUUGUGGCCCUCGAGCGACUUUGGGAGGAGUUCGUGUGA